AUGGCAGACCAACCUCCUCCAAGCCAUCCUAGCACGACAACCCACCAAGGUCACAACCCCAAGCGGGGCGUCGGCCUGGCCGGGGACAUCGUUGGCUCUGUAUCUAAGGGCUUGGAGGUUGGUGGACAUCGGAAUCCCGUUAGCGAGAUCGUUGGGACUGUAUCAGAUGGGCUGAAGCACGGUGCUGGGGAGCAGCCUAGCCGGCACGCGGAAUUGAAGAAAUAG